CAGCAGACACAACGUGUUUGGGCGCUGGCUGCGUUGAGUGGUUUGGUCAGUUUGCUGUCUGGAGCUGGAGAGACGGGAAGAGGCGGCAGUUGCUCUUAUUUGAAAACUUUUCUACAUCAAGAUAAAAAUGUCUACCAAUGAAAAUGCCGCUGGAGCAGCCGCCCGUCUGAACAGAUUCAAGAAUAAGGGAAAGGAUUCCAGUGAAAUGAGGCGGCGACGGAUGGAAGUCAAUGUGGAACUGAGGAAAGCCAAAAAAGAUGAUCAGAUGCUUAAAAGAAGAAAUGUUGGCACUUUCCCUGAUGAUGCCACUUCCCCUCUGCAGGAAAACAACCGGAGCAAUCAGGCCACUGUCCACUGGUCUGUUGAAGACAUUGUUAAAGGCAUCAACAGCAAUAAUUUGGAAGUUCAGCUGCAAGCUACACAGGCAGCCAGGAAACUGCUAUCCCGAGAAAAGCAGCCCCCUAUAGACCAGAUAAUCAGAGCAGGCUUGAUAUCAAAGUUUGUGUCCUUCUUGGGAAAUACAGAUUGCAGCCCUAUUCAAUUUGAAUCUGCUUGGGCACUGACCAACAUUGCAUCUGGCACAUCAGAACAGACAAAAGCUGUAGUAGAGGGUGGAGCAAUCCCUGCUUUUAUUUGUUUGCUGGCUUCUCCUCAUACUCAUAUCAGUGAGCAAGCUGUGUGGGCUUUAGGAAAUAUUGCAGGUGAUGGUUCAGCCUACAGAGACUUAGUUAUUAAGUAUGGUGCACUUGACCCACUUCUGGCUCUGCUUGCUGUUCCUGAUCUAUCUUCUAUAGCUGUUGGCUACUUGCGCAAUGUAACCUGGACCCUGUCAAAUCUCUGUCGUAACAAGAACCCUGCACCACCCAUAGAAGCCAUUGAGCAGAUCCUUCCUACGUUAGUUCGCCUACUGCACCACCAUGAUCAUGAGGUUUUGGCAGACACCUGCUGGGCCAUUUCUUACUUGACUGAUGGCUCAAAUGACAGGAUUGAAGUAGUAGUAAAAACUGGGUUGGUGUCUCAGCUAGUGAAGCUUCUGGGCUGUGGAGAAAUUCCAAUAAUGACUCCUUCAUUAAGGGCCAUAGGAAACAUUGUAACUGGGACUGAUGAACAAACUCAGAUUGUAAUAGACUCCGGAGCACUUGCUGUUUUUCCAGGCCUGCUUAUUCACCACAAAAACAACAUCCAAAAAGAAGCUGCAUGGACCAUGUCUAACAUUACUGCUGGCCGGCAGGACCAGAUCCAGAAGGUUGUGGACCAUGGGCUUAUCCCAUAUCUUGUUGGUAUCUUGAAAAAGGGAGACUUCAAAUCUCAAAAAGAAGCUGUAUGGGCUGUGACCAACUUCACAAGCGGUGGCACAAUUAGCCAGAUCAUAUACCUUGUUCAGACUGGUGUGUUGGAACCAUUGUUGAACCUGCUGAUGGUUAAAGACAGCAAGACCGUCCUAGUAAUUCUGGAUGCCAUUAGUAACAUCUUUAUGGCGGCUGACAAAAUAGGUGAGACUGAAAAGCUUUGCAUUGUCAUUGAAGAGUGUGGCGGCUUAGAUAAAAUUGAAGCUCUACAAUCCCAUGAAAAUGAACAGGUGUACAAGGCAGCUGCAAAUCUGAUUGAGAAAUAUUUCUCAGCGGAGGAAGAAGAAGAUGUGAAUGUUGUUCCAGAAUCAAGUGCUGAUGCAUACACUUUCCAGAUUCAAGACAGUAGUGAUGGCUUCAACUUCUAGAUCUUUUAUAUGUCACAACAUCCAAGUUCUGAUCUGUCUUGUCUGUCUGCUCUCUCUUUUAUACUGCCUUUUUUUUCUUUGUGAAAUAUGAAGUAGCACUUUGUUGCAACUGAAACUACUUGAACAGUUCACAGGCUGGGUUCAUGCCCUGUGAACUAGCUGUCUUCCUUUUCCUGUGUUUCAUUUUGGGUUUUUUUUGUAUACCUGUAAAUUCUUCAGUUCUGUAUCUCUGAACAAGCCUUCAGUGAUGGAUUUACCUAGAUUUUGGCUGUCAAUUCUAUAUUGGAAAGAAUGAAACAGCAUAGGGGACAUAGAUCUCCUGAUAACUGCCUGCUGAACAUUCACAUUGGCUUGCAGAACUUGAAGCUGUGUAGUCACAUCCUGGCAAAAUGGCCUCCAAAGGAGUUCCUGCCACCGAAAGCUAACUCUGCUUUCAAGAUAAAUCCCUCAAAAUGAUUUUAAAGAGUACUUGUUGAAAUGUAAUAAACUGGUAUCUGAACAUAA